AUAUAAUUUUAUUAAUUUAAUAAUAAUGUGCCCUAGAUCGAUAAUGUACAAUAUUAUGUAUAUAUAAGGAUGAUAUUGGAGAUGUUAUUGUAUAUUAUUACACUAAUUAAGUAGCUCGAGAUCUUCAAAAUCAUACGUACAUCUAGAGCUAAUUAAGAUUUGAAUUAUUAGUUAAUUAAUAAUGGAAUUUAACAGCUCUCGUUUGGUUGUGCCAAGUGUUCAAGAACUGGCAAAGGAUCCAAACAUGGUGAGCAUCCCAUCAAGAUACAUUCAACAUCAUCAAAAUAGUCAAUCAAAUAAUGUUAUCACCAAUUUUGUUUCUCUUGAUGAUCAAAUCCCAGUUAUCAAUUUCCAAAAUCUGUUUCUUGCUGAUGAUCAAUCUGAACUCUCUAACCUCCACUCAGCUUGCAAGGACUGGGGCUUCUUCCAGUUGGUAAACCAUGGAAUAAGUGAUUCUUUGAUAGAGAAAGUAAAGAAAGGAAUUGAAGAGCUGUUCAAUUUGCCAGUAGAAGAAAAGAAAAAGCUAUGCCAGCUUCCGGGAGACAUAGAAGGCUUUGGACAAUCUUUCGUUUUCACCGAAGAACAAAAGCUUGAUUGGAAUGAUUACUUAUUGAUUUUUACCUUACCACUUGCUUUGAGGAAGCCUCACUUGUUUCCAAACCUUCCUACCACUUUGAAGGAAAGUUUGGAAAUUUAUUCAUUAGAACUGGCAAAGCUUGCCAGAGAUCUAAUUUGCCAGAUGGAGAAGAUUCUUGGAAUCAAAAACAACGAAAUUUCAAAUUUAUUUGAAGAUGGAAUGCAGUUUUAUAGUAUCAAUUGUUACCCUCGAUGUCCCGAGCCAGAGAAAGUUAUAGGCCUCACCCAUCACUCGGAUGGGGGAUGCCUUACCUUUCUCCUUCAUGUCAACCAAGUACAAGGCCUCCAAGUCAAGAAAGAUGGCAUGUGGCUCCCUAUCAACCCUCUCCCAAAUGCUUUUGUUGUCAAUAUUGGAGAUAUACUAGAGAUUUUAACAAAUGGAAUAUAUCGUAGUAUUGAGCAUAGAGCAACAGUAAACUCUACACAUGAAAGACUCUCUGUUGCCACAUUCCAUAAUAUAAGUGUAGAUUCAAUGAUAGGCCCAGCCAAAAGCUUGAUCAACGAAAAAAAUCCUGCCCUAUACAGAACAUUGCCAAAUAAAGAAUAUUUCAAGGGUUUAUUUUCACGUGAGCUUGAUGGAAAAAAUUACAUUGAUUCUAUGAAGCUAUAAAAUCUACUCAAGUACUGAUGAUCAAGCUAGGAGUACUUAUAUGUGUGCAUUGUGGGGUUUAUUAAGAUAUUUACUUUCAUAACUUAAAUAAAUCUUCAACCCCCCAUCAUGAAUUUUAUUCUAUUUAAUUUUAUUUUUUCUUUGGCUAUAAGAACCAUGUAUGAAAUAAUUAUCGAGGAUACAUUACAAUAUGGUAUGCUACCAAAAGUAAUGUCUAUGCCCUUGAAAUCCCUUAUGUAAUAUGUUAUUGUUUCUCAUUAAAUAAUAUGCUUUACUACUAGAAAAUACCUAUGUCUUUAGUUUUUUCGUUAGAAUGUUCAUUUUUUUUUUUUAUAAAUGGAGCCCUAAAGAGCA